UCGUUUUCAGUUGCCAUUGUUACAAGUCCACUUCGCGCUGGAGCACCAGCCCUUACAACAGUUCUAUGUAAGCCCAACAACUCGAUGACACCGGAGUUCCGUGAAGUUGCGUCGAGACUAAGCCGUGAACGGGAUCAGUUUUGUUCGAGAGGCAUCGAUUGGAUGAGCCUCCGACGACCAGCGAGGAGUCCGUCUGAAAAUCUAGAAACGCUGAUCAACUCUUAAUUCAUAUGCUACAGCAUCUUCCAAGAGAUUGAGGUAUCGCAGCAACGGUAAUCGUGCACGAAGUUCCACCAUGCCCAGACCGAUUGUUUACUGGUGUCUCAUGAAUGUGAAGCAAGAAGUCAAUUCAGACAAUGUCGAUGCCUAUCGCCAGAAGAAUCCGGAAACUAGAAACACUCGAAAGAAUGACUCUGGUCGGAGUCCGGAGCCUAAUUCAUCCAAAACGAUCCCGGAAGGGAUGAAAGGUGGGAGGAGGCGACGCCUCCGCUGCCUCAAAUGCGAUGCAAAAUUCAAAACAAAUGGCUAUUUGUUAAUUCACAUGCAGUUGCAUGCUGAAAAAACGAGUCAGACCCGUAUCAAAUCCGAGAAAAAGGAGCACGAGCAGCCGAGCAGCCCCGUCCCUGCUGCUGAGGUGCGGCCUUUCGAAUGUGAGAAAUGCGGAAAAACUUUUCGACAGAAGAUCAAUCUCAAAUACCAUAUGCGUGUUCAUACCGGGGAGAGACCAUUUGCUUGUGACCAGUGUGAGGCGGCAUUCAAACAGAAGAGUGCUCUGGACAAUCACGUUCGACGACAUACCGGGGAACUGCCGUAUUCGUGCCGAGAGUGCAGAGCGAAGUUCAGGCAACGAAGUCAUUUGGACAACCAUCUACGACGGCACACUGGAGAGAAGCCCUAUUCGUGUGAUCAAUGCGGGGCAGCCUUCAUCCAAAAGAGCAAUUUAAAUAGUCACAAACUGAUUCACGAGGUCGGUGCUAGGACACGCGCACAGCAUCGCGAGCCGAAGAUCGCGAAGCCCGUGAAGAGGAAGUCGCGCGGAGGCGGCGCCGCCAAACGCGAUUCCGGAGGCUCCAGGUAGCCUUCCCGCAGGACGAUUUGCGGAAUUUUAUUCUCGUUCUCAAUUCAGAUGAAUU